AUGGUUCACAUUAGAUCUGUAGGGAGUUUGGAGAUCCUGUUGGUUUUUGCCUUAAUAAUUUACACAGCCACAAUUUCCCAGGGAUACACCAUUCCUGGCGAUGUUAAUGCUAUAAAUGGGUUAUACCUUUCAUUGGGAUCACCUACUCUACCUGGGUGGGUUAGCAGUGGUGGAGACCCUUGUGCUGAGCUUUGGCAAGGUGUCGAGUGUGAUGCCUCCUCCAUAAGCUCAAUAACACUGAUUGCGGCUAAUUUGGUGGGCGAGUUGGGGGACAGUCUCGCGAAAUUUUCUUCUAUCAAGUCCAUAACGCUCAACAAUAACUUUAUCAAUGGUAGCAUUCCAUCCGUGUUGCCGGCUUCAUUGGUCAACAUUUUUCUUUCAGAUAACAAGCUGACAGGAAGUAUACCUACUUCUCUUUCGUCUCUAACUCAGUUACAAGCCAUGUCCCUUAACAACAACGAGUUAACUGGAGAAAUUCCUGAUGCUUUUGAGUCCCUUCCAGAUUUGGUUAACUUAGACUUGUCGAAUAACAGUUUGAGCGGACAGUUGCCACCUUCUACCAGAAGCUUGUCGUCUCUUGCUACUCUUCAUUUGCAGAAUAACCAGCUAUCUGGAACUCUCGAUGUGUUACAAGAUCUUCCUCUUCAAGAUCUAGAUAUACAGAACAACCUAUUUUCUGGACCAGUACCUCCAAAGUUGUUGAGCAUACCCAACUUUAGCAGGAGCGACGGGAAUCCAUUGAACUCGAGCAUUGUCCCAUCACCAUCAGAACCGGGAACACAAUCACCGAAUGAGCCGUUUUUCCCUUCACCAAGCUCGGACCAAAGACCGGCCGCACCGGGCCGUCGGCAUCCACCUAGAGCAGCAUACGGGCCAUCAUCUACGCCGGCAGAAGGAGAGGAAUCAAACUCAGGAAGGUCCUCGAGAAGGAGAAGGAUUGUGUGGAUAUGCAUUGCAGCUGUGCUGUCUUUUGUAAUUCUCAUCCUGGCCAUCCUUCUCUUCAUGCCGCCAUGUCUCAGGAAAACAAGGGAAGCAUACAACAACAGAGCCCCAAAGAGGCACGAGAUUGCACCCUACAGGGAAAAUCAUCCUAGAGACACUGCUCCCUUGGUCCUACCCAACCCUCACCAAGACAAAGCUGUCCCAGUUGGUGUUGCCCGAACGAAGGAAGAAAACCAGCAAAGAGCAGUAGCCAGCUCAAUACCUAAACCUCAAACAGAAGAUGUAAGAAAGCAACAGACAAGUGAAGCAGCGCCACCGUCACCAGACACACGAAGGAAUCCUUACGACCUUGACAUCAGCCGUUUUGACAUAGACAGCAUGCUGCCGCCACCUCCACCGCCACCGCCACCACCACCACCUCCGACACUACCACCACCACCUCCUCCUCCAAUUGUAACAGCCGCAAGCAGACCGAGAACUUUUGUCAAGGCUUACUCCAUAGCAUAUCUUCAGCAGUAUACCAACAGCUUUUCACAGGACAAUCUUGUCGGGGGUGGAAUGCUCGGGAAUGUGUAUCGAGCAGAGCUUCCUCACGGGCAGUUGCUUGCGGUCAAGAAGCUGGACAAGAGAGUGGCAAACCAACUCAAGGACGAGCAGUUUAUGGAGCUGAUUGAUGGUCUUGACAAAAUUCGUCAUGCAAAUGUGGUAAAGCUCAUGGGUUACUGCUCGGAGCACGGUCAGAGGCUUCUUGUGUAUGAGUACUGCACUAAUGGGACGCUACAGGAUGCCCUUCACACGGAUGAUGAAUUCAAGAGAAAUCUUUCAUGGAAUAUUCGCAUCAGGAUGGCACUUGGAGCUGCAAGAGCAUUAGAGUAUCUGCACGAGAUCUGUGAACCACCCAUAAUCCAUCGAAAUUUCAAGUCUGCAAAUGUUCUCCUCGAUGAUGAAUUUGCUGUCCUUGUUUCUGAUUGUGGUCUAGCUCCUUUGAUUUUGUCCGGAGCUGUUAGCCAGUUAUCAGGACAGCUUCUCACGACAUAUGGUUAUGGUGCCCCUGAGUUUGAGUCCGGAGUAUACACUACUAAGAGUGAUGUAUACAGUUUUGGAGUGGUGAUGUUGGAACUCUUAACGGGAAGAAUGUCAUAUGACAGGUCGCGGACUCGUGGAGAGCAGUUUCUUGUAAGAUGGGCAAUCCCUCAACUUCAUGAUAUUGAUGCUUUGUCGAGAAUGGUUGAUCCUGCUCUUGGUGGCAAGUAUCCUGUUAAAUCAUUAUCACACUUUGCUGACAUUAUAUCACGUUGUGUCCUGGCUGAGCCUGAAUUUAGGCCACCGAUGUCUGAAGUGGUGCAAGACCUUAUGCAACUGAUACGGAGGGAAUCUCCACAUAGAUCAGAUGACGACUAA